CGGAACGGAGCCUUAUAUAUCGUGGAAGUUAUUGAUCAUCUCUUCGCUUCCAGUCAGAGUAUCUUAAUAAAGUACCACUAGAUGGCAGGAUAUACUACUUCCAACAGUUAGCAGUCAGUUUCAGUGGCUGCAGUAGAUCACAAUAAGUACUGUGUGAUUUCGCUCCGUAACAUUAGUCUAAGCAAAAUGUUACACAUCAUCUAUAAUAUCCAGAUACUAGAAUGAGAUCCAAUGUGCUUCAUCUUGAACAUAACAUUCUGAAAGACACAUUUUAAGGAUAUAUUUUAAUGAAUUAAAUAUUAAGAAACGUAUGAUUUUAAAAUUGACAUUUUGAAAAGAAGCAUGCUGAUUAGUCACUAAAUGAAUGAUAGAAAACUGCUUGGUUUAUAAUGGGGAAAAUGAAGAGAAUAUUGAGACCGUUUAUAAAAAUUAAGCGCCUUUCGAGAAGAAAAAAAUUGAUUCUAUUGGGUCGCGAAAUUGAGAAACAUAUACGAUGGAGAUGGAAACGAGACAAAAUGCAUACUAUUUUGGAAACUAUCACUACCGUUGAUUUCAACACAUUAAGAAUUACAACGGAUCCAGAUAUUGAUAUGGAUUAUAUCAAAGGCAUGUCAACCAUAUCAAUUUACGAUCAUAAUUAUAGAAAUCCGGGACAAGAAAACAUAUCCGAAGUUUCUAUACAUAUCAGACCCGACGUGGUACGUAAAUUGAGCAAUUUAGAUAUCAACGAUGAAAAUGAAACAAAUUGUAACGCGAACCCGCAACAGGACAUCGGAUACGAUAUUUUACAACAAACUUCGUAUCUUCGUAUAAGUGACAAUAAUGAGCCGGAUAUAAAUGAAAGAAUAAAGAAUAUCAUGGUAUCGGAGAAUGUAAAUAUUAAGUAAGACAAAUUUUAAGAAUUAAAAGAAUUAAAAGAAAGAUAUUAUCUGCUUAUUUAAAGAUGUAUGAAUCAUAUAUCGAAAUAUUAAUAAAAGUAUGAAAAUUUCGUA